ACUAAAGUGCACCCUUGGUCUCUCUCAGGUCUUGGUCUUCCUGUGAUGAAGGAGCAGACAGAGGACACAGGCGGUGCUCCGUCUUCUCCUGGGGUGAGGAGCAAACGCUGUGCCUGCAGCAGCCUCCUGGACUCAGAGUGCCACUAUUUCUGUCACCUAGACAUCAUCUGGGUCAACACGCCAAGUAAGACCAGUGUUUAUGGCCUGGGCAUUGGACCGUCCCGUCGCCGGAGGUCCACCACCCGCUGCUACUGUGCCAACGCAAAUGAUCACACCUGCUUCAGCUUCUGCCAGCACCGUUUUGAAGUGCCAACCCAAGCAAUGACACCAAAGAAGACUGUUAAGGACAUACUCAGCUUUUUAAAAAUCAUGAUGAAGAGAUCCUUAAUUUCCCAGAAUGCACCAGGAGGACAAGACAGUACACCUGUAGCUCAGUGAAAGUUUGGAUAACAGAGAGGAAGUGAGAGUAUUUCAGUCCUUUACCUCAUGGGACAAAAUCAAAGGUUGUGUCGAAAGGAAAAUGGCCAAAGCCUCAAGACGGUGUCCCAAACCCAAGAUUAUGAGGCGGAAACACAGGUCUCCAGAUGCAUCAUGGGAAGCGUGCGGAUGACCAGUGACCCAGUGCGAUGAUGGACCACUGUGGUACAGGGACUUCAGUGCCACAGUACCAAGAUAGAUACUCCAUAGGACACAGGUGUCAAACAUAAGGCCCAGGGGCCAGAUCCGGCCCUCCAAGACCUUUAAUGUGGCCCUUGGGUGAUUUUCUACUAAAAUAUUUUUAUUAUAUUUUCUAUUAAAAUAUUGGUAAUUUUCUGCGGAGCUUAGCAUAGCAGUGUCUCCAGUGUCUCUGUACGUGGCCCUUCCCACCAGAGCAGCACAAAUGAAGACUUCUCUCUUUCCAAACGCUCUUAAAGGACGAUCGUUUUGACUGUUGACCGUGACACCCUCAUCAGAAAAAUGUCCAACAUGAGAAAAGUGGAGCCGAGUGCAGGAUUUUUCAAGAAAAAUUUACUUAUUCCUGUUUGCAUACAAGUUAUUGUUAAAACAUUGUGUUGAAAUUGAAUUUUUCUUCAGGUUUCAGGUUCAUAAUAUUAUAAUAUUAUAAUAAGAAAGAUUUCAUCAAUUAAAAAAGAUUUCUGUAAUAGAUUUGCGUUUCUCUACACAAAUAUUUGAACUUAUUGUUAUUUUUGGGGUUUAUAUGACAUGAGUUUUCUGAUCCGGCCCCUUUGGGAUCAAAGUAGGUUGGAUACGGCCCCCGGACCAAAAUGAGUUUGACACCCCUGCCAUAGGAGGUGAAGAAAAAGGAUUUCUAGGAUUGCAUGUCACAAUCCAAACUAAAAAUGGA